GCGUGUGUAAACCUCCAAGGAUCGUUAUCAUGUUUAGAUUUCAACUGUAGUAUGUCAUGGCGAACGGUUGCCAGCUCGGACCCGGCAAACCCGACCAGCUACACGCUCUUUUACGCUAUGAUGUAUACCUCACAUGACGUUGUACAGCAUUGGGAACCCGUUGAAGGGUGUACGAACGUGACGAGCACCGACUGCAAUGUGAGGGCGCUCUUCAAGGACGACGACGAUUUCAGAGGAUUCCAAAGAUUUCGAAUUGAUUACAUCACCAACGGUUCUGUGAGUUGUCGAGGCAGGAAGUUUCAAAGGGAUCCUCUAAAAUCGGUGAAAUUGAGUGCCCCACCAAUUACCCACAUUGAGGCGACUUCAGAGGAGAUAUCUUUCCGAUUGAUAUACCCGUCGGAUAAUCACUACCCGGGGCUUGAUCUUCAACUCCUCCGGCAGUUUGUCAACCAUAAAUACCAUGUUAGUAUAAGGCAGUAUAGCACCAACGCCACAGUUAAGAGUUACGCCAUCAAGCAUGAUCUUUCUGCGAUACAAAGGAUAUACGACCUUCUGCCUGCCACCCAAUACCUGAUCAUCGUGCGCUCUGCCGUCUAUCCACCGGUCGUAUGGGGUCCUUCUGCAUCUAUGGCGGUUGUACAAACUCUUGAAAAACCACCUUCGAUAGGGCCCAGUAAUCUGGAGCUUGUGAACAGUUCUUUUUCAUGUUCAGCACCGGACCAAAGAGAGAUUAUUAUCACGUGGAAGGGAGUUGAUGAAGAGUACUGGAACGGAGAGCUACUGUUUUACGAAGUACGGGCUGUGCUGUGGGAAUCUCAAGAAACCUUUACAAGCCGCUUGGUGAAUACAUCAUCGACUAUGGUAUCUCUGAAAGGUCUGAGUAGGUGGGAAAAGUUUGACGUGGUGGUUUUUGCUAACAAUUCAGCUGGUGGAACAAGGAACAACAUUCCUCUGCAGUUGAAAAGUCAUGUUGUAGACGAGCGAGGGUCACAACCCCAGUCAGUAACCGUCUCCAGAGAACGCAAGAGCAGGAGUGUCAUAAAAUGGCAACCUCCAGCGCAAUACGACGAGUGCAUCAUGGGAUACAUUAUCACGUGGACAGAUGGUCAAGGAGCGGAGCACCACGCGAUAGAAGUCGGGAACAAGUGGUUGGGUGUGAUAGGUCACGUGACAAAAGCUAGAGUGACGCCAUUACUGAGGAAAGAUUACAGGAACGAACAGACCGGGGUCGCGUUGAUGUAUAUCGGUGACAAGGCACUUGGAGGUUCUGGCUUUAAUCUCUGGUUCCUGCUUCUGAUUGGAGUGUUGGUGUUCAUACUGGUGGUUACCAUUCUGAUCGUAGCUAAAUGGAAAUAUAUCAAACUACGAUGGCUGAAACCUCAAUUCAAAGACGGCUUCAACCUUGAGCACAACAAAGUCCUGAAACCAGCCUUUGAUCGCCAGGUGUCAUACGAGCCAUGCCUCCGCCAUGAGAAAGAAGUCUUUGACACUCCGUCACCAGGUGUUCAUAACCCGCAUGAACUGCCACCUUGGAGUCCAGACUUCGAACGAAGCCCAAGAUACGAACACCAGGUUCCCUUGCUCCAUCGUGGAUUACCCGUAGUGGAUGAUAUCGACGAGGUCGACCUUCCCCCAGAGACGGAAGACGCUGUCUUUGAAGCCAACGCGGUGCAUUCUUCAAAGGACCGUGGUAGUGAGACCGGUUCAAAGUCGGACUCUGCUAUUGAUACACUGUCGGCUAGUGAUGUUGAGUACGAUGAUAUUGCAGCACCGGUAGCACCAUCCGAUAGCGGGUAUAUAACACACAACAAUCUUCAAGAUCAUCUCCAUGCUACAGCUCACAUUGAUGAUUAUACAAGGACCGGUGUUAGUGGAUAUGUUCCUCUUAGUUCCGCUGUAGGCUCGUCUAUAGAAUCAGACCGAAAUGUCACAAGUAACCCUAACACACCAUCCGAUGAUUAUGUAACUGAGCAGAUCGAUACAUAUACAGUAGCAGGAGUCAGUGACCAACCAUCGACUCACAAUUCGCCUACAGGUCCAGGAAGAGCCAUUAGGGAAGACAUCGAUCCUACCCCGUAUGACCCACAUAAUCCGACAGAACCAAAGGCCGGAAGGGGAACCCCUUCGCGUCCUUCACUUCAUCCUGGGAAGGCGCAGAUGGUGUCGUCUCCGUACGUAUCCCACUCUGAAGUCAUGCAGCCUUCGUCCUGGAGUUCUGACAGAAGUGGUGACGACAUAGCCGACUACUCCAAGCAGACCAUAGCUCAUACACCCACAAACAAUGCACAGAAGACACUUCAAGAAAGUGCUCUCAAAUCUGACAAGCAAGAACCGGGAGAAAAGUUAGGGCAAGAGGUCUUAUCCUCUACAACUGACGAAGACAUAAAGACCCUGCAGAGAGAGCGAGUCAACGUAUUACCCGUUCCCGAGGAAGUUGUUUAAAUGUAUACAUUUUCUUAUUGGAUGAUUAUUCAGAAUAUUGUCCCCGCCAAGAAAAAAAAACAUUCUGAAAGUCAUGUAUGACCAGUGCCUGAAGUGACGUUUUGUCUCUGUAAUGAUCGGCUCGUAGCAAGCCAGUUAUCCUGAAAUGCGCCUUAAUAUAGUGAGCCAUAUUAAGUAAUUUACUGCUCACAUGGCUCAUGAGGUAAGAUGUUGACAAAUUGUAGUUGUACUGAUGGAUUCAGGCUUUUUGAUCUCGGGUUGGAAAUAAUCGUCAUUUUUUCGCAGUAUAUACAUAUUGUAUAUACGACUUAUAUGAUUAGGAUAUAAUAUGAAACAUUUUAGAACCCUUGCAAAGAUUGACUGAAACGGCAACUCUGGCAGAUACUUGCGAUUGCUUGAUUUCUGUUCAUCGUGCCCAUGUUUUGUGCAGGGUAAAAUCUCAUAGUUUGCCAGUUGUUCCAUGGUUGUGAGACACGGAUGAACGUAUAAACAUUAAAGACCAGUGUUGGGCUCAAUUACUUUCUUCAAUUACAAUUGCAAUUACGUACUUGAGAAGAUGUUCAAUUACAAUUACUUUUCAAUUAAAUUACUUUUUUUUGAAUUACAGUUACCAAAUACUUUUGUCAAUUACAAUUACAACAUAAUUUACUUUCUAG